AUGCGUCCCAUCUCUCGUAAGACCGUGCACUUCAUCAAACACAGCAGUGUGGUGAGCGUGAGCGUCUCUCGCAGCCUCAGCGAGCUGUCCAACAUCCCACCCAACUGGAUCAAACCGCUGCGGGAGUCGCGGGACCAAGUUUGGGCCACGGCGGACUUCUUCGCCACGAUUUACCGCCGCAACGGCAUCGAUCCGGCGAAGAUACGCGUCGUGCCGGAGGCGGUGGACGUGUACGACUUCGACCCGGCAAACUACGAGCGUGAGCCCAUCACAAUCCCUCCAGGCGACACGGCCAGUUUCGACAGUCUGCCAGAUCUAGCACCGGAGGAGCGGCUGCGGCGCUACGUGUUCUUAUCGAACUUCAAGUGGGAGGCUCGGAAGGGGUGGGAUGUGCUGCUCGGUGCGUACUGGGACGCCUUUGGCCCGCACGCCCCACCGGAGCUACGCGGCCGCACGACGCUGGUGAUCAAGACAGAGAUUAAGCGCCAGUACGCGGCGGGCGUGGGGUGUCCCAAUUUCAUGCGGUUUCUUGAGUCGUGGGGAAUGAAGGGCCAUCUGCACGGCAUGCGGGGGGUCGAGGACUUCCCUCAUGUUGUGGUGCUAUGCACUUCGAUGAGCGCCGUGCAGCUGACACAGCUGUACGGGAGUGCGGACGCCUUCGUGUUCCCGUCAAAGGCGGAGGGAUGGGGGCUGCCGGCGAACACGACCGCCGUUGCGCGUCGUCGCCGUCCGCAGCAGCGCAUCCAACAGCCCCGGGUUGAGGCCACAGCAGGCACAGGGAAAGUCGGUCUCAUAGGAGAUUACGGCCGGGAAAUGCGAAGGGACAGCGGUGCUGUUCCACAUUCGCAGCUGUGUCUGGCGGGUGCGCCACGGCUGCCCCACGCGGCGUCGCUGGAGCCCCGCGAGCAGCGGAUGCAUUCGCCUUCCGUACGCGUCGCGGAGAGAGAAAAGGGCAGAGAAGAGGCUCUGGACUAUCGGGCUGCUGCGCCCCGCCGUAAGGUCGUCCCGCAGCACCGCCACGCCGCGGCUGCUCCACACCUGCCAGUCCGGGUACACCUCCUGCAUCCGCAGCGACAGCGCCCACCCCCCGCGGUCCGGCGCGCCAGCACGUGA